AUGAGGAAUUUGACGAAGGAGUACAGUUACAGCAGCACAAGCAACAGUUCCGACCCGUACAUCGAUGAUGAUGAGGAUGAACAUUCAAGUCAACGAUCGUCCUCGUCCCUCACGCCGUCGUUCAUAAGAAACAAUCCUCCCAUGGGGAGUGCCAAUGGAAUACAAAAUAGAGCAACAAAUCCGUUCCUUGCGAGUAAUGAAACAAUGGAAUCCACCUCUGGUUCGUCAUCUGUCAAUUACCAGAAUGAACAUUCAACUGAUUCGGAACUACUCCGGGGUGAACAGGAAAAAUUGUAUCAUGUGGAAGAGGAGAAACAACAACAGAUGGUCUCGGACUAUCAAGGAUAUUACUCUAAGCAUAAUAUCAAUGAUAACAGCAACAAUAACGACAACAACAAAUCUAACUCAAUCCGUCUCAUAUCGGGUAAAUUACCUUCAGAUACAAGUCUGGAUCAACUGAUAAGUGCGGCUCCUAUCUUUGACAGAUAUCCACUAAUUGGUCCCAGAGCAAUAAUGAAAGCACAAAAUAUGAACGGUAGUACAAGUAAAAAUGGUAUAUCGACAGGUACAACUUCAUUAUCUAUGGAUUCUUCAAAUAAUAACUUAUUUCAAGGUGAAGAUGAUUUUUCACCCUUUGGAGGAUAUCCAGCUAAUGUUUUCCCAUUAAGUUUAGAUGAAAAGGAAGAUGAUGACUUGUUACAUAACCCCGACUAUGAAGAAGAGGCAAGAUUAGAUAGAAGAAGAUUCCUUGAAGAUAUAAAACAUAUGAGUAUAAGAUCCUUUGGAGGGUUUGUCGGGAUAUUAUUUCUUUUCCUUGCCGGUGUGGCCGUGUUCGUCAUCUUACCUGCAUUAACAUUUACAGGUGCAGUGGAUCAUGAAAGUGAAAAGCCAAAGGAUGAUAUACAAGUUUCCCUAGUGGAAAGACCUUUAUCACAGUAUAAAUACCCACAAUUAUCUGCCAUUAGAACAACUUUAGUAGAUGCAGAUACACCAAGUUCUGCAUCUACAAAGAUUGCAAAGGAUGGUUCCAAAUGGAAAUUAGUCUUUUCUGAUGAAUUUAAUGCUGAAGGUAGAACAUUUUAUGAUGGUGAUGAUCAAUUUUGGACCGCUCCAGAUAUUCAUUAUGAUGCUACAAAGGAUUUAGAAUGGUAUUCACCUGACGCAGUAACAACAAAGAAUGGUACUGCUAAAUUAAAGAUGGAUGCCUUUGAAAAUCAUAAUUUAUAUUAUAGAUCAGGUAUGCUUCAAAGUUGGAAUAAAUUAUGUUUUACACAAGGUUCAUUGGAAAUAUCUGCAAAUUUACCAAAUUAUGGUAGAGUUAGUGGGUUAUGGCCAGGUAUGUGGACAAUGGGUAAUUUAGGUAGACCAGGUUAUUUAGCCUCCACUGAAGGUGUUUGGCCAUAUUCAUAUGAAUCAUGCGAUGCAGGUAUUACACCAAAUCAAAGUUCACCUGAUGGUAUUUCUUAUUUACCAGGUCAAAAAUUAAGUUCAUGUACCUGUGACGGUGAAGAUCAUCCAAACCCAGGUGUGGGGAGAGGUGCUCCUGAAAUUGAUAUCAUUGAAGCAGAAGCUGAUACCACUUUGGGGGUAGGUGUAGCAUCACAAUCUUUACAAAUUGCACCAUUUGAUAUAUGGUAUAUUCCAGAUUAUGACUAUAUUGAAGUUUAUAAUUUCACCACUACAACAAUGAAUACUUAUUGUGGUGGACCAUUCCAACAGGCCAUAUCAGCUGUCUCCACAUUAAAUACUUCAUGGUAUGAAUUUGGUCCAGAAGGAGGGAAAUUCCAAAAAUAUGGAAUGGAAUAUUUAAAUGAUAAUGAUGAUGGUUAUAUAAGAUGGUUUGUUGGUGAUAAUCCAACUUUUACUUUAUAUGCAGAUGCAUUACAUCCAAAUGGUAAUAUUGGCUGGAGAAGAAUUAGUAAAGAACCAAUGUCUAUCAUCAUGAAUUUAGGUAUUUCCAACAAUUGGGCUUAUAUUGAUUGGCAAUACAUCUUCUUCCCAGUGACCAUGUCUAUUGACUAUGUCAGAUUAUAUCAACCAUCAGAUGCCAUUUCACUUACAUGCGAUCCAGAGGAUUAUCCAACUUAUGAUUACAUUGAAGCUCAUAAAUACGCCUAUACAGACGCAAAUUUGACAAGUUGGAAACAAGCUGGUUAUACUUUCCCUAAGAAUAAUUUGACAGGUAACUGUCGAAGCACAAACUUUUAA